GGCAAACCCCAAAGGAAUCUCAUGCUUGCUGUCGUAAAGGAUCGUCCAAGUCCACAGUAUGUCCCCACGGGUAGCGACAUUACAAGACGAAAGACGCGAGCCUUUAUGAAACUUCACACAGGGACCGGUGUGAUGUCGCCUUUGGACUUACAAAUCAAAUGUGACUCCCAUGAGUCAAGAAUUAAUUUCACGCUCACAAAAUGGACCCUCUGUUCUGUUUGACUGUUGAAAAUGGCACCAAAAGGAAAUUGGCUUAUAUAUAUAUAUUUUUUGCGUAACUGUUAUUUGAGAACAUUUGGGGAUAUUGAAGGGGUUCUCAAAGAGGAAAACACAGCGUUCUGAUCAAUAUUCCGUUUUGGAAUAGAAUUAAAGAGAAUCAAUCUUCAUCUAGCUCAGGAGCCGCCAUGUUGGACAAUGUCACCCACAGCUGUCGACCGAAAUUAACGUCACAACUUUACUGUCACUUUUCAGACAUCUCUAACUUUGAACGAAACAAGACUGAAGAUGGCAAAAUCAAGAAAUGCUCAUGUUUAACAUCAAGGUUUUUUUUGACUUGGCAUUUGCCAUUAACUUCUUUCCUCACAGUAUGACAGUAGACACGUAUGCUGUUUGUUUAUCGUACAGGUUGGUAUUUCUUUCCCCUCAUGCCCUUUUUUAAAAUGAUCAAACAGAACUAAGUAUUGAAAAUUAUUUUAUGGACUCCUGAGCUAUGUUUCACAGACCGCCUUAGUGAUCCCAGUUUGAGAACCACCGCUGUACAGAAUGUUUUCUUGUGUUGACUUGUCACCAGCCGGCCCGGAGCUGAGACAUAAAAGAUAAUGUUCACCUCCCCUGUGAGGCACACACACUGAGCCACCCUCAUGUGUGCCAUGAUAACCCAAACACACCACCAUGUCGGUGAUUUCACUUUGACACUCACACACGCACGCACGCAGGCACUUAAUUGUCAUUCAAGGUGUCAAAUCAUGCACAUUCCUCUGCGCCAUCAUGCGAGAGAGAUGAUAAAGAUCUCAGUAUCACAGGGAAAUUAGUGACUUGGUUUAUUAAGCAAUGGCAUAAUGGAGUUGUUAGCACAUCUGCCUCGCGGUUGAGAGCUCCUGGGUUUGAAUCUCAAUUUAUUUCACGUAGGCUGACAUUUGCAAAAUUUGAAUGUUGGCUUCAUUGAAGACUGUCAUGUGGCGUGUGGGAAUGCUUGUUUUUGUAAGUAUAGGGUGGACAAAAAGUGGGCUGCAAUAGGCUCCAGCUCAGUGGCCACCCUAAUGAGGACAAGCACUACAGAAAACGGAUGGUUGGUUUCCUAUACUCUCGGCCAAACAAAACGAAAGCUCUUCAGUGAGCCAUGAAACCAGCUGCAUUCCCUUUAUUUAUAUCGUCUUAUUUAUAUUCUUGUAAUUGAUGUGUUUGGUUUUAUUUGACAUGGUAAACGAAUGAACGCCAGACCGAUUAAGCUUGGCCUUUUGAUCGCACCAUUAAACUCUUUGCGAAUUACGGCCAAUAAAGCCUUUUGUUGAGUGGCAUUGAUAUUGCAAUCCACAUUCACAGCCACCUGAGGCUGGAGCUAACGUUUUUACGAAGCUCAUGUAAUUGAGGAAAGUCAUGCCUUACUGAAUUUCAUAGAUCAGAUUUGUCUUUGCUGACCUCAAGCGGCCUCAAACGUAAUGACAUUUGUCCAUAAUGAAAGUUUGAUGGCACUCACUGUCUCUGUAGGUUACAAUUAAUGGUCGGUGAUUUUCUUGGAGGAACAACUAGGCCACCGGGGGGCAGUCAUGAAGCCAAAAAUGAAGAUUUGCACUACUACCAAGUGACUCGGGCAAAAAGGGAAAACGAGCUGGCCGACCACAACAAAUGAACACUGACUGCUCUGCUCUGCUCCGCUCUGCUCUGGCGCUGACACAUUCUCUCCCCCCUUUUCUGAGGAUUUCAGAGCGGUGGCGUGUUCCAAGGGAGCGACAUCACGGACAGAGUGUGACCGAUCUUGGGACGCCAUAUGCGGCACUGUCUUCCACUCCCUCCCGCCCCUUCUUCGUCAUGCGGUGGAUCUCCGCACGAUCCAGCAUCACAUUGAAUGGAUUUUGAAGUCAUUUCUAGUCGCCCUGUGAGGAAGAUUUUGCGACAAAGAGAAGACAAGCCCUAAUAUAAAAUCCAAACUUUCCCCACUCAAGUCUCUUGAUUACAAUCACCAUUUUGUGUCGAUAUGUUGGAGAUUGGCAAGAUUAAGAGAGGAAUAUCCACGAGAACAUGAGAGUUGCACACCUCCGGAUGAAGAUAAAGAUGCCACGGAGGAUGUCGUUGUACGGCCGGGAGGCUGGAGAGUGAACGCCGGCUUUGGUGCGUCUUUGCUCGGUCACGGAGGACACACGGACACGCACAUACGGAGACAGACAUCUUUGGAUAUAAAUGAUCCAAAAUUAUUAUUUGUAGUUUGCCGGUUCCAUAGGACUCCCGUGCAUACAAUGGGGAUUAUGCUCCAAGUUAUUCUAGGAAUGUUUCAAUUCCUGCUGCUCACCACAAUCCCGACGUCACACGCCAAGCUGGCUCACUGGCAUCCCACCGACUCGUCCAAAUCCAGAGAAGGUCGAGAAGUGCGGCGGUGGUUGGAGGUGUACUCCCGCAGCGGCUGCGAGCCCCGAGAAACCUUGGUGGAGGUCUGGCGGGAGUUGCCGGGGGAGACGCACCACCUUUUUGUGCCCUCCUGCGUGGCAGUGAGGAGAUGUGGCGGCUGCUGUGCCGACGAGGCCAUGGAGUGCGUGCCCUCGCUCAUGCACACGCUCACCAUGGAGUUGAUGAGAACUUCCUUCAUGAAACAUGAGCUCAUUCAGCUGACUUUUGUGGAACACAGCCAGUGUGAGUGCCGGUUAAAAGAACAGCUCCAGCUGACACCAACUACAAGGCCCUAUCACAAGCCAACAAGAGUCAAGAAAAAGGGUCGAAGAGCGAAGACAUUUGAAGGCGUCGGAAAUGCGACUCUUGUUUUCUCCUCCACCCCCACCAGUACUUCUCCUCCGCCGACCUCGCGGCCAUCUUGUCGACCGUGCCGAGGCAGGAAGUGGACGCUGGAUGCGGAGUCGUGUCGGUGUCUCUGCAGAAUUACUGCUGAGAGCUGCCACCGAAAACAUCGGCGACUCAACCCUCAUCGGUGCAGGUGUGACGCCAGGAGGACUUGACGCGUCCUCCUUUUCACCUCGUCCUCUCCACCCAAAGGAAGUAUUAUUAGCACACAGCCUGUACUAGCUUUUUCUGGUUAAGCCGCCACUGUAGCACUGUACAUGUACAUCAUACGUGUGUGUGCGUGUGUGCGUCCAUCUCCACAUGUACAGUACAUAACGUGCGCAGACACAUCCAGUCACUAAACACCUCGCACGAGUGCAGGGACCACGCCGCUGAUUUAUGAUUCAUGGAUAAACAUUUCCCAGAGGACUCCCGGCUUUGCAGUUGCUUGGAGACCAUUGGGGCUAUCAUGGAUGAAGUGGACCUCUUGAUUUUUCCAGGUUCACAUCAGGGCCAGUGCUUGUAUGGAGGAUUGCAAAAAAAAAGCGCUGCAAUCAGAUAAAAGGCGCACACACACUCAGACAUGCCGGACGGGACAUAGGAUACGCUCACGCAAUGUGUAUUUGGACCUAUAGUGGUGCUGAAUAUAUCUGUGUGGUCUGGCUCUGAAAGACCCCAGACGGGUUACCACCCCCAAAAGCAUAUGAGCACGGGCGAGCCUUUUGCAGCACUUGUUUUAAUUUGGGCCCUUUUGUCUCUUGUCUUUUCCGUCGGAUUGAAAGCGGCCGCUUUUCGCCUCGCUUUGCCUCGCUUUUAGGCAGUGAGAAGAAUGACAAUAAUGAGCUCUGGCGUCUGUCCACUGCUUUGCACGCACACACAUUCCCAGUUAAAGCAGCAGUGCGAAUAGCACUCACACACAAUGUGAAACAGGUAUAGCCAUAAUCUCAUUUGUCUUUUUCUAUAUAACAUGCCUUUUUUUUUUUUUAUUACACAAGCCUUAAUUUUAUCCAUUAUUAUAAUUUUCUCACGUUGCUUGAAUGUCUUGUUGUGUUUGGCCGUAAUCCGUCCGCAUAAAGAAUCGCACCGGGUGGCCCCAAAUGUAUUGAGUCCGAAUGGACACGUCUCACCAAAAAACAGGAGCACUCGGUAUACAUUAAAAUGAGUUAAUCACACUAAAAAGCAGUGAAAGGAAAAGGCGGGAACGUGAUUUGUUUUGGGUUUAGCACACCACCAUUUUGGGAUGUCAUUUGCCGUAAAAUAGACAAAGGAGGCCUCUAAUGGGUUGUCAGUCAACGUGACGUGACAGGCCAAAGCUGAAGCCGUAUUGACAUGACGGACCAAAAGCUAGAGCUGUUUUGUUGCUAUUUACUAAAAGUCCCUCCUGUAUUGGCAUGACAGUAUGAAAGCCAGAGCCGUAUCUUUGUGGCAAACCAAAACUGAAACCGUAUUGCCAUGGCAGGCCGUAACUGAAGCUGUAAAAACCAGAGUCGGAUUAAUAAGAGCGGACCUGUACUGAUUUUACGGACCAAAACGUCAGCAAGCUUUUUUUUUUUUCUUUCACAUUUGGUUCUUUGACUUCAUCGAAAGGCUCACAAUUACACAAUUUUGCCUCUGGCUUCAUGUGCACUCCGGCGUAAAUGAAUGAAUUGAGGGACUGCCUCAACUAAAGACACACUGUAUGACAAAUACCGUAUUUAUAAUUUUAUGUCCAAGUUAAAAUGUCAGUCAUUGCAUCAAUCACUACCUCUUUAUAAGAAGACAUUCAUAAUGUAACAUAACAUUCAUAACCUUUUGAGAGGUGUUUUUUAUCAAUAAGUAAAUGUUUAUGGCAUGUAGAAGUUAUGAUGACUGCUCAAAUGAUUUUUUUUAUCUCGGAGCCCGACACCAUGUGCUACAGAAGCCCCAGAUAUUACGUUGGGAUUUUUUUUUCGUAGCCAAAUAUAUAACAUACACGUAUGUACAUUAUACCUUACUUAUUUAUAUACAUACAUACAUUAUCCCUUCCUAUUUCAUGGACAAAAUGUUAUCAUUUAUGACCAUGAAAUACUGUUGGUAUAAUUUGCACAGGAAAUACUAUUUUGUAAGUAAAUGGACCACACAUUCGCUAUAAAUUUAGUUCUAAAUAUUUUCUCCGUAAUUAUUUUUUAUAAAUUUAGCAGCUAUUUGAGACGUUGGUUUUGUAUUCCCAUUAAAUCCCUAAAACGUGGCUCCGCUUUCCUAACAGAAUGAGGUCAAUGGUUUAGCUUUGCUUUAUGAUGAGCUAGCUAUAGCAUCCCUCGGAAAUUAGACUUUGAGAUUCUUCUAAGAUUCUGAUUUUGCAGGUAUUGAGCAUUGGUUGUUUUCCCAAUAAGGUUAAACUUUUUGCUAUUUGUUCAGCCCUGCUAUAUGCUGUAGUGCUAGACUAGCACUGAUCAUUCGGACAUUAGAGUUGCUCAAAUUAUCACUUCAAAGCCUUUCUUAAUUCUUUUAUUUUGUAAAUAUUUCAAAUCUUUGUCCCCUAAAUAGCCAGAUUGAGAUUGGCUGUCUAACUUUGCUUUUUGCCAAGCUAUCUAUAGCAUCUCUAGACUUUUAUGUCGCUCUUAAAAUUCUGCUUCAAUCUUUAUUCUGUGGCUAACUGAGACUGAUUGUUUUCCCACUCAAUCCACAGAAUGGAUAUGGCUUGAUGCUAAAACAACUGUUGCAAAAAUAGAAUUACUUAAAAUUUUUGCCCUUGCAAAAAUUAAACUCUUGCUCCCGCAGAUACAGCUCCUCACUUACAAUUUUGCACAACAAAGUCAUAUAGGGUCAUAUGAUAAUAAAACAUUUUUGUUGUUUUUGUGCUAUAAAGCUCAGUUCCGUAUCCGCCGGUUCAGAUUGCACUGUUGCAAAAAGCACAUACAGUAGGCAGUAAAUGCUAUCCUUGCAGAAAAACCACACACAACAAAAACAUUCCAGUGGAAGGAGACGAGGUGCUGAGCUCUCAGGAACGCUAGCAGGGGUAGGGCAUUUAGAGGUCUGGAUGUUACUUAUUCAUGUCCGGAAGAAAUUAUUUUAAUACUAAAUCCAAGCAGAAAUGAACACGGUUGACAUUUCAGCAUCUCAACAGCUUGAUAUACUCCAAUAAUGUCUGUAUUUGUGUGCUUUGUAUCAGCACAGUUGACUGUAAAAAUCUCUUGGUCAUAAUCAUGUAGUAACAGACCUUACUAAACGUUUAUAACCCCUUGUCUAUGACAUAGUGCAUUCUUUAGAGCAGGGGUUCUCAAACCUUUUGGCUUCGGCAACCCCUUACAGGGACACCCCCCCCUCUCAACUACUACUAAUGAAAAAUAACUAAAAUAGCUUAAUUCAAUUUAACAGGAGGUGGUUGUUUUAACUAUUUAAAGCACUUUGAGUCAUAUUUUAUUCUCAUGGAACUUGUAUGGUCAGGGUUAGGAAAAUAUGUUCUGGAAAAUGUCUUUGUUCUGGACUGUGGACCACAAAAGGAAGGUGCUGUAUUUUUUAAAGUAAAUGCCUUGAGGCACGCUGAAGUCUAAAAUGUUUUCAUGAUUGGCCUGAAGCUGAGGUGGGCAGAAGUAAUCGAUUUGUUUUGUCAAUGUUAUUGCCAUUUUUGUUUAUUGGAAAUUAGUUUGCAGACCCCCAAGUAAUAUAUUGCUGACCCUCAUGGGUCCGGAGACCCUAGUUUGAGAACCACUGCCUUAGCCAUGUACUGUGUAUGUGUUGUGAUUGCCGCUGCAGAUACAUUGUACUACUGUAGCCUCAACAAAUCUUUUUUGCUGCUACACCAUUUGUGCCCUUUAAUAGUUUCCUUGUAGAAAAACAAUACAGGUCUAUGUCAUACUUGUUGAAUAAAUCAACUCCGUGUCCGAGUGUACAAUAUAAUGCAUCCAAUGUAUUGGAAGUGAUACAACCAUCAUGUUACAGAUGUUAUUAAAGGAAUCGUCUUAUUUUUCAUAUAAA